CGGAGGGGUUGUGGUGUCUCUGCUGUGCUGUAUGCACAACUCGGAGCGGUCCGCGCGGUGAUCGAUGGUCUGGAGGAAAAAAAAAAACGGCCCCUCCCUCUCAGGAUUUUAGAGCUGAUGGCGUUCUAGCGGAGUGCGCUGCUGCCCUCCACAGAGGAAGUAUGAUUCGUAUAUUAUCUGUCAGGCUUGGUUGACUCUUGUGCUGGGUAAAAGUUAAAGGGCAAAGUUUUGACGGGGGAAAGUGGAGGGGGGGGGGUGCGGGUUUUUCCCCCCAUCGUGAGGUCUCUCCUGUUGGCACCCCUCCCUGGUGAUGGAGCCGUGCUGCUGGUGGCUAUAGGACAUGCCUGAUCAGAUCGAUAGAGGCUGUCGUAGCCCUCGUCCUUAGGAGAGCCGAGGUGGGUAAGCAGCUGUAAAGCCUCCCUCACCUUCUCCCUCUCUCGCACUCGUUCCUGCUUCUCUCCUCUGCUGUCGACUGUAGAGUGAGAAUCGAUCGGCCGAUAAUUGGACAUCUCGGAAACCGGCGGACUGCAGCGGAGAGAGGAGGGGGGCUCUCUAGUUGAAGAAGAUCUCUUCCUCCUCCCAGAGAGUCAUGUCGGGCUUCACUGGUUUCGCGUUCAGCACGGGAUCUGCUUCCGCUUCCGCUGCAUCUGCGCCGUCCAGCUUCUCUACCAUGGGGUUUGGCGCCGCCCCAGCCGCGGGAAGCGCUGCUGCCAGCGGUAGCGGCGCGGCUGCCUUCUCCUUUGCCUCCGGCGCUGCCUCUCCCUUUGGCGGCGCAGCGGGGGGCCAAAGCGCGCCGGCUGUCUUUGGGUCGACGGCGGGAUCAUCAUCGUUUUUCGGAUCGGGAUCUGCGCCAUCGCUGUUUGGCGGGGGCGGCAGCAAUAGCGCCGCCAGCUCGCUGAGCUUUGGAAGCAGCAGUGCCGCUGCUCCUGCCUUUGGUGGCGGUGGAGGUGGCGCCUUCACCUCCCCGUUCUCGACAUCCUCCUCUGCCUCGGGCUUCGGUUCGGCGGCGGCUUCGCCGGCUAGCUUCGGCGCCACUGCUGCUGCUGCGGCCCCCCCGGCUGGGACAGGGAUGGCGCCGUCCAGCACUCUGCUGUUCGGUGCAUCAUCUGCGCCGGCGGCGGCGGCGGGGGGGGGGGGGGGGUCGGCGCCUGCGCCUGCGACGUCCUUGUUCUUCGGCGCGGGGAGUGCUGGAGGUACUGCCGCCUCGACAGCCAGUGGCGGUGGUGGGGGUUUUGGCGCCAACACAUUGUUCGGUGGCGGCGGCGGCGCGAAGCCGCCGACAACGGGGGCGUUUGGCGGGUUAUCUGUCUCUUCUGGUUCUCAGCCCGCCGCCACUUCUCUCUUCGGUGCGCAGUCGACAUUCAGCUUCGGUUCAGCUCCGGCAGCUGGCGCGGGCACUGGAUCGACAGCCUUGGCAGGCCAGGCAGCACCAACUACUGCGCCUGCACCACCGCUAUUGCCUUCCUCUUCAUCGACCCCAUCGGCGCCCUCCAUAGCUGCGAGCUCAUUAUUUGGCUCGGCUGCUGCAGCUAAGCCUGUUACUCAAGCUGCUGCGCCGUCGUCUUCUGCCCUAUCAUCCGGUCAAACGUCAGCUUUCAGCUUCGGCACAAGUGCACCCGGUGCUGCAGGCACGGGCACGGGCGCGGGCACGUCAGGGGCAAGCUCAUCUUCUUUCUCCUUUGGGUCUGCAUUCCCGAGCUUCUCUCUGUCAAACACGUCAUCUGCCGCGUCGUCGUUGUUCGGCGGCGCAGGACUGCCUACCUCUUCUGCAGCAGCUCCGGCAGCAGCCUCGGCCUCUGCGGCACCUCCAUCAUCGAAAUCCACCUCAGCGUUGCCGUCCUUUUCGCUGGCAGCUCCCUCUUCAGCUGCAGGGAGUGCAGCUGCUGCUCCUAGUGGUGGUGGUACACCAGGUUUCGGUGCAGCGGCGGCACCGGUUGCACAGACUGCAGCUGCUGCUACAGCAUCUUCUGCAGCGGCGGCGACUCCUUCAUCAACUCCUUCGUUCUCACUUGCCUUCGGGGGUGGCAUGUCAUCGUUGACAGCUGGCACAACUGCAGCAGCCGCCACGUCGACAGCCGCAGCAUCAAGGCAGCUUAAUCUUGGAGCUGCCACAUCAGCAGCAACCUCCUUGGGGCCAGCGGUUAGCACCUCUUCUGCAUUAGUGCCUUCUUCAACUGCAGCGGGAGCACCGGGAACGUCUGGAGCUAUAGUGCCUUCUUCGUCAGGAAGCUUGGCAGCAGCAGCUACACCGAAGCUGCCGUCUGAAAUAACGGGAAGGAAUGUUGAAGAUAUAAUCAAUGCAUGGAAUGAGGAGCUUGAGGAGCGGUGUGCGAAGUUUCGUCAGCAGGCUGAGGCACUCAGCGAAUGGGACCGGCGCAUCCUGAGCAAUCGAAAUGUACUUCUAAGAUUAGAGGGGGAGGUAGCAAGAGUAGUGGAGAGCCAGCAGAUCAUGGAGCAGCAGUUGGAUCUCAUUGAGACACAUCAGCACGAGGUGGACGGUGCCUUGUCAAGCAUGGAGGCAGAGGCAGAAAGAUUAUACCAGCAAGAGAGGCAAACCAUCUUAGAAGACGAGGCUGCUGCAACCAGAGAUCAGAUGUUUGAACAGGCAGAGGUGAUUGAAAGAGAACUGGAGAGAAUGGGGGAGCGCAUCAAGGAGACAAUUAAUAAUCUCAAUGCCGGCCAGGCAAUCGAAAGCCCUGAUAAGGCGAACCCGCUCGACCUGGUGGUGCGAAUCCUCAACAAUCAACUAAGUUCUUUAAUCAAUAUUGACGCGAAGAAUUGCGCAUUUAAUAUUGACGACGAACGUGUUGCGAAAUGGCGGGGGUGCAAGGGAACAAAGUUCUCGUUGAUGUGUCCUGCUGACACUGCAAGGAACUCCAGGCCAGGGUGAAGACGUAUUCAAGCCAAGGUAUUGGUCAGAAUCGGCUGCGAAAUGUACGAUUGAAUCCAACUACAAGAGAGAGAACGAGAGAGAGAGAGAGAGAGAGAGAGAGAGAGAGAGGAAAGAAACGUGUGACUUUUUUGAACUGGUCUCGUGAUCGGGAUUUUCUUGAAUGGUUAUGGUCUUCUUCAUUUCUUCAGAGCUGAGGGUAAGAGCUGUCUUUUCUAAUAUGGCUUUGGGAAAAAAAAAAAAAAAAAAAAAGAACUAGGAUCUGUGCCUAGCGCUGGGAAGGAGGAGAGAGAAAGUGUGGUCAUUGUGGUCAUUUGACGCUCUAUCAGCUUUGUGUCCAGCAUUUUUUUUCAAUAAUGCCUUCCAGAUCUAUGCCUAUAGCUGAGAGAGUUUGUAGAAGCAAGUCCCAAACUGGUCCCAAGAGUGCCAACCCUGAAUUUGAACAGUGCCAAUGUCUUCCCAUCUUCCCAAAUUCUCAAUACUUGGGUUCCAGAGUCCCAAAGUCGCAAUCUGCUGCCAAGGAGCCCAGAAAUAAAACUCCAGGAGUUCGAAUUUAUCCCAAAGUCCCAAUCUGCUGCCAAUGCACCCCCCGGUCUUCAUUCUUCCCACCCUGCGUCUGUCUACUCCCCCGACACCUAUUUCAAGGCAGAGGGGGGGGGUCCAUGAUUCGUUCCGACGGCUGCAACCACACCAGCAGCUCUUGAUUGCUUCGUAUCUUUCGUGCUUUUCGAUUCAGCGCCUCGAGUUCGACAUCAGUUCGUUCUACCGUCAUCCUCUUUUUUUGCCCAGCUUGCUAUCCUACUGGCCAUCGUGUGUACGAGGAUGCAAGCAUAGGUGGUAUUUUGGGGGGAAGGCAUGUUGGUAGCAUCGGACAGGACGGAGCGAUGGAGGGGGGGGAUGGAGUGAUGGGGCGUGGGUGGGCGGGGGAGGGAGGGUUGUGUAGUCCUGGGGUCUGUUGAUCUAAUAAGAGUCCCCUGUCACCGGGUGUUCUUUUUUUUUGGGGGGGGGGUCAGAUUUGCUUUCAAUUUCACCAUCAACCUGAAGGCCGCGAACCUCCACAUUACACCGUUUUUUUUUUUUUGUUUUGUUUUGUUUUUCCAGCUAGCUACCCUUGCAGUAUGUUCCCAAGAAAACCGAUGUCCGUUUUCUGCUUCUUCUUCUUCUUCUUCUUCUUCUUCUUCUUCUUCUUCUUCUUCCAUGUGCUUGUUCCAGAAGUCUCGUGCAAAUAUGAAUGGAAAUACAAUUUAAUAAAAAUGUUUUGCAGACUUUUGAUGAAACAUAGAGGUAAGAUAAAGCCAAUGAGAAAAU